GGCCUAGGAGCCAGCUGUGGUUGCCUUUCAGGAGCCACCAGACUGUUUCUACACACUUCAUAAGGUUUCUGUUUGAGAUUAUUUGGAUUCCAGGUUUAAGGCAAUGAAGUAGUUAGGACAAAAAUGGAGUGAAAGUCUUGGGAAGGAAAUAAACCCUAAAUGUGGAACAUUACAUGGAAGAGAAACUUGUCAUUAAAACUCUAUGAAAAGAAGCUUUGGAAAAGACCAAAGAAUUGCAAGUAGAGCUAUAAAGGCAACAUCUGAGGGAAACAAGUUCUACUAUAACCUCUACUACUACAUGUUUGACUACUAAGAAAGCAGUGAAGGCACGUAAUCUUCGGCGUUCUAGUCAGAGCUCCAGUGGCAGAUAAAAAGAAACAUUGAUUCCUGAGGUGGCCUGGAGAGGAAAAUCACUGGUCUGUAUCACGUGGACAAGCUCAGUGUUUUCCAAAGAUGCUGUUGAAGUAGUUUGCGACUGCUUUCCUUCCCUCAAAGCUGCUCAUAACAUGGGCUGCAUGAAAUCAAAGCAAACUUUCCCAUUUCCUACCACAUUUGAGAGUGAGAAGCAGCACGCAAGUGAAGAAAGCUUUAUGUCUCAAGAGAGAGUUCUACCUAGGAUGCCUUCUCCAGUUAAUGUCGAGCAGGAAGUGAGGAAACCACCAGGGACCGAAGUUGUGGUCUUCGAUUUUGCACAUCGCCUGUCCCAGGAAAUCCUGAGUGAUGCCUUGCAGCAGUGGGCAGCCAAUAACAUCAAGUACUAUGACAUCCCAUAUAUUGAGAGUGAGGGGCCUUGACCUUGUAGGAUGAUGAUAACUUCUUGAACUGUGGAUAAAGUUGGUGCUAGUUUAAAUAUAUGAAACAACAGCAAAAACUGGUGUGAAUAAAUACAAAUAACUACAUCUGGAUGUAAACAAAAAGUCUAUGAUAAUAUCAAGAGUAUAGAGUACUUAGAUGAAAUAUGUUAAGCACUUUUUAUGUUAACAGCGAUUUCUAUCUGCUUGGUCUGGGAUUUUAGUCAUUUAAAGGGCUAAACAUAGGUCCUGCACCAUAGUAAUCAGCUGUUAUGUCAUAGCACUUUCUUCCUGAGGCAGUAAUAGAACCACCAAAGAAAUCAAAUGGUUAUUUUAAAGACACCCCUUUUAAAAUUACUAUUUGUUAAUUUACACACAAAAAUAAGAUAUGAGAAGGCUUUUUCCCAAAAUGCCUUGGCAAGGAAAUGGCACUUAAGCCAAAGUAAUUAACAGUGCGUCUUGUUUGUCAAAACCAUUUGUGUCAAGGAUCCCUACUUCUUAACACAAAUGAUCAAGCAGUAGAAAAGCAACCCAUGCAGAAGAAGUCCACCUUGAAACCUGUCCUUGAGAUAUUUAUUUUUGUAGAUGAAAAGCCUAACUACCACCUUGAACCUCAGGGUCCAAACUAACCUCAGCUGCUAUUGGAUGACUCAAGGCAUCACACAUAAGGCACCUGAACAAGACACAAUGUAAAGAAGUCAUGACAUUAGUGUUUAUGACACUGAAUUAAGUAAGUAGCCCAGUGAUACAACAAGAAAACAAGAAUUUUUACAAAGAGCAAUCCAGUAAAUUUAAAAAUAACAGAAACCCUAGUCAAGGUAGAAAGCAGAGCCUGUUCUCAGUGCUGCAUGUACGUGAAGUUUUACUGUCUCAAAGAUGCAGAGAGUAGGUAUGUGGGCACUCGUUCCCAUUUUAUUGUUGACUGGUGGGACCAGUCUAUGCAUGAGUGCACACGGUUGUAUCACAAAACAAAAGAUCAAACACUCCUCCAAAGGGCAUUCGUGUAUUGUGUGUGGUAACAAUGCUCUUAAGGCAUCUAUAGCCAUAAACUUAUCUUAAAUCUGUCUACGUUUUGGGGGAAGCCUUUUUUUGUUUGUUUUAACAACUAAUUACUGUUUGAGAUCCCUGGUAAUAGAAAAUUUGGGAGGGGAAGAAGAUAUUGAGAAAACAUACUUAUAGAAAAACUGGAAUGCAGCCACUAGAAUUGUCUUUUCAUCAAGAUUUGCUGCACACUGAGUUUAAUUGGAAAGGAAGUUAUUUAAGUCUGUGUGCAUUAGAUUCUUAAGAUUCAACAUAUCUAAAGGCAGGCAGAAGAAGACUUGAGAUAAAUAUGUACUUGGCCUUAUAAGCAGGCAGAAAUGCUACCUCUAGUUUUAACAGUUAUACUUUGAAACCCACAAAUAGAGUGAAUUCUCCCAGUUGCAUGGACAAAGAAAGUUCUUUGAAGUGAGUCAUGUACCAUCUUUCAGUUGCUUUAAGACACCUGGUCAUUCAACUUUCAUUUCACCAAGAUACAAACUGUCCUGUUGUACAAUCUAGAAACAAAGUAGAAAAAACCCACCACCCUCAUUUAUACAAGGAUCUGAAGUCAUAAGACUAAGAAAACGUUUUCAGAAAAGUGCAAAACGUAUUUCCAGCUCAUGAAGAAAAAUUUAGGUUUUUGAGUAUACUAAUGACUUAGACAAAGCCUAGAUGCUGCCGUUUUUCAUUCAUUUUAUAUCUUACAUCAGGACAUUUUUGCUGGACAGUCACUCACUGUUUAAAAGAUGUAAUUAGGUAGAUAACACAGCAUUGCAGUGAGAACACAAAGCCACAGCCACACUAAGUGUUUCAGCAUACAGUGGGACGCAGACUGGCGAGUUUGUUAACAGCUAAGAAUUUUAACCUCAGGUUCCUCCUGUACCUGGGUUCCUAGUUCCCAACGGGUAACAGGAAUGCCUGUCAGAUUCAUAACUAGCUAGAAGUGUGUCUCUGCUGCUGCCCUGACACUGUGGCAGUAUGGUUAUGUCACCAAGCACCAACCCCUCACUCCUGAAUCAUUUCAACAGAGUAAAAUAUCUUGCAGUGUAGACUUACCUUGGAAAUAUAUGCUGCUCUACGUCAAAGCAUCGACAAGGAACUACAAGGCUUGCAUAAUCAGUGAGUUAAUCCAAGGUGGAGGCAGGCAGGAAAAAACUGGAUAAGCAAAUGUGUACCAUGUAACAAUUAUCAAGAUAUAGUUUGAUCUUGAUGACAAGACCAAUAAGAAUAUCUUUGAUAGGAUUCCUUCUCUCAUACCUUCAUAUUUAAAUACUGGAUUUACUUUGAACUUUCAUGAACAGGAGAAGGUCUAUUUGAGAAGAAAGGACCAUAUAAAACAGAAGACUGAAAGAAUUAUUAGCUACUGGAAAGGGAAACAUUUGCUCCAACUUCCAUCACAAACAGACGAAGUAAGAAUAGUGGCCAAAUCAUAAGGGAAAGGAAGCUGGGGAAAAAGAGGGCCCAAGAAACAGCACCCACAUCAGGCUCCCUCCAAAGACACACUGCUAAACAAGUCUCCAAUGUUCUCGACUGAGGGAAGGGACACCAUGGCAAGUUCUUUUCUUUACCACCCCAACAGGUGCCCAGCUACUUACUCUUUUCCCUUGAGAACAGCAGGCUAGGGGCAGAUGAGUGCCUCCAGUGCGACAAAGAACCUGCAGGUGGCAACUGUAAACCCAGAUUCUCCUAGGAAGCAUGCCGGUUCCUCACCCAGACUCACGUAACCCGGCAAAAGUGCUGCCCUGCUCCCCUCCCCAGUUAAAGGCCUCUUGUGCGCUAUUACCUUUCAGUUACAAGCCUUUGAUCCCAGAAUGCUCCACUUUCAGUUGCCUUAUCUGUCCUUUGCUAACUACCUAUGGUCAUUAGCACUCAAAGCACAACUUUGAAUGGGAUAAAAAUGAUCCUAGUUCCAAAGGAAUAAUUCGUGUCAAAUUGCCUUAUUAGUAUUAAAAAUACACACUACUGAAUGAAUGACACAGCAUGACACAUGUAACCUACUGAGAUGACGGAACUAUGCUUUUGUAUUAUAUAGUUUUAGAAAUCAAAGUUAGAGACACAUGAUAAGUAAACUCAAGGAAUAGUACUUUAAAAACAAAAUUCUAGUAAAUCUAUUGUUUGUUUAAUCGUAAUGCCCUCACCCUGUAUCUGUGUGGCCAAAUAGGACAUAUUCAUUGGGGCAAGUGGGCACAGGCUCAGAUGUACUCCUUAUCUCUUUGCAAAACUCACAUUUUGUUAGCUAAUUCUCUUCCUGUAAGACUUCGCUAUGAAAUUGUAUAUUUUCCAAAUAUUUUUGAGAAAACAUUUUUUUCUAACUGUACAAUAAAAGUCUAGUUGCAAUUAACUUUGAGUUCUUAUUAAAGCAAGCAAAUGCCUUUCUA